CAACGGUCGAGAAUCGAUCAAAGCCAUUACUCGAUUAAGAAGUGAACACAACCGCGCUCACUAACUCAAAAAACCCUCGAUUUCUCAAAGAGAGUGGGAACAAAUCGAAUCUAUCUUCAAUUCAAAUUUCAUCUUCUUCCUCAAUCUCUGAGGUUCUUUGAGCAAACUCAGCAUUUUCGAUCUCUGUUCAAUGGAAGAUAACGAGACCAAGAAAAGCGAGGUUGAAGUUGAUGGCCUUGGUUUGAUUGAUGUCGCUUCUGAAGACGAUAGCCUUCUCUUCUCCUCCUUUCCCGACCCAACCAGCUACGAGUUUUCCGAGACAGAUAAGGAUGAGAAAUGUUUGAAGGAUGACAAAGAUCUAAAUUUCAUGAGGGAUACACAGUAUUGUGAUGAUGAGAUACUGGUUUCUUCAAUUGAAGAGAAGGAAGAGGUGCUUCAACCUCACGAGUCGCCUGAGCCUGAGAAGGUGAUGAAGAAAGGAAAGUAUAAUUUGCGCAAAAGUCUUGCUUGGGACAAUGAGUUCUUCACUAGCGCUGGUGUUUUGGAACCCGAGGAACUGUCAAGUAUGAUGGAAAACAAUCAUAAGAGUGGGAAGAAAACUUUACCGACCAUUCUAGAGGAUAUUAAUAGAUCUACGGAAUCCAUUUCUACAUUUCAAAGUGACUGCACUGUGGAGAACAGUCAGGAGUUUGUUUUGUUUGAGGAUGUAAGAGCGUCUAUUCAAAGGUCUGCUAAAACAUCUGAUGCUGCAACACCCGGGAAAAAUAAUGAAUUGAGAGCAACAGAAGUAGCAAUGACCCCAACUUCAAGUACAGUGGACAUCAUUGCCUCUCAAGAAAAGACUAAACCCAAAGCCAGUCCUAAAAGUCGGAGUAUUAGAGCACAAGGACUCGGGAAGGCAACAAAACAGCCUGUUGCCUCAAGAGGUUUCAGUACAUCCAUUUCUAAGCCACCCAACGGACUCAGCAAAGUCAGGCCCUUGUCAACAACAUCAACGAACAGGGCGUCAUUUGAUAUAAGCAAAACCAAACAAGAAAAUAAUUCCAAAUUCCCUGCGGGUAAAGAGCUACAGAGUCCCAGAAUAUCCAUUUCGCGACGUGCUAAACCUGUCUUGCCAAAACCUGGUUUGCCUUUGAAAUCUUCUUUACGUUCUUCAGUUGCCUCAAAAAAUGAAAUGACCUCUUCAUGCUCUUCACUAGAGAGCUGUGCCAGUGCUUCAUCUAGCGCUUCUCAAAAACCUUCUAUAGACUCGAUAAAGAAGAAGAAUGAUUCAAGUUCCAGAUUAGCUUCCCAGCCAUUGGCAAAUCGAUCUACAUCUAGAGGUAUUAUGGGCCAGCCAAGAAUCCCACCCCAACCAACCAAUAAGACAUCCAAGCCCAAGCUUUCCUCUAGUGUACCAACUGCUGGUUCUAUCAGUGACUGUUCAUCAGAGUCAUCACGAGCUUCUGAAACUAGUAAAAUGGCUAACGGUAACCAGAAAACGGUCUCUCGUGAAAAGGGUCCUGCAAAUGCUAAUACAGUACAAACUGCGAAACCUCUCAAGAACUCCAAAGAUGCAUCUGUUGUUCAAGCUGAUGCUAAGGAAGGCACGAAACGAGCUUCAGCUAUGAACGGUGGUUUGGCUCCUUCAGCUUCCACAAAACCAUCAGGUCUCCGUGUGCCAUCACCAAAAAUCGGCUUCUUUGAUGGAGCAAGACAUGGAUCAUCUUCAUCUGCCAGUAAGAAGUCUGGAAAGUCUCAACCCGCGAGGUCUCCAAUACAAGAGUCGUCGAAUUCAAAAACUAAGGCAAGUUCAAAGCUUGACUCUGUCUCGUCUCCAAAACUGGCAAACAAAUUGUAUUCCAAAAUCAAUGCAGAAGAUCAACUCGAGGGAUGAUGAUGAGAAUGAGAUGCCUGAAGUUAUCAAUAGUUAAUGGAGCUCCUCUGUUUCGUUUUUAAAUAGGAAUAUCCUUGUAUGUUAGAUUCAUAUGUAUCCCAUCAUCCCAAAAAAAGCACAUUAUGAAAUUGUGCGUAAAGAAACUUAAUCUAACGAG